CUCUCCGCCCACCUCUACUCCGCCCUCUCCUUCUCUACUCUCCCACACUCCCCCUCUCCUCCCCCUCUCCUCCCCCAGGUGCGUUUCCCCUCCCACUUCAGCUCUGACCUGAAGGAUCUGUUGAGGAAUCUACUACAGGUGGACCUGACCAAGCGCUAUGGCAACCUGAAGAACGGCGUCAACGACAUCAAGGGACACAAGUGGUUCGCCACCACUGAUUGGAUCGCCGUAUACCAGAGAAAGGUGGAGGCCCCGUUCGUUCCUAAGUUCAAAGGCCCAGGUGACACCAGCAACUUUGAGGAGUACGAAGAGGAGGAGAUCAGAGUCUCCAUCAGUGAACAAUGUGCCAAGGAGUUCACUGACUUCUAGACCCAACCAGAGAGAGAGGGAUUGAAGGAAGAAGAUAGAGAAGGAAGGAAGGAGGGAGAAGGAAGGAAGGAGGGAGA